AUGCCCUCAGUAUCCAGGACUGGGCGGCGUUCCUCCCAGUCCGCUGGAGCUUCGGUCGUCCGUCGCCCAUCCCGUGCGACCCACCCACCAGUCGCGCCCUCGAAACCCCUGUCCCACCAGGAGGCGUUAGAAGCGCUUCGCGCGUUCCUCAAGGAGCGUUCCUCCUACGAUGUCCUCCCCGUCAGCUUCCGUCUCAUUGUUCUCGACAGCCAACUCAAGGUUAAGAAGGCGCUUGACGUCAUGUUACUCUACGGCGUUGUCUCGGCGCCGCUGUGGAACACGGCGACGGCCAAGUUUGCCGGCAUGUUCACGGUUCAGGACGUUAUACACCUGAUCCAAUACUACUAUCACACGUCGAGCUGGGAGGGCGCGGCUGCCGACGUCGAGCAGUUCAGGCUCCAGAGCCUCAGAGAUAUCGAACGGGAGCUACACGUUCCACCGCCGCCGCUCCUGUACAUCCACCCUCUGCGCCCUCUGCUUGACGCUUGCAAAUACCUGAUUCAGACGCACGCCCGCCGCCUGCCGUUGAUCGACGAGGAUUCGCAAACCAACGGAGACGUUGUCAUCAGCGUUUUGACGCAGUACCGUGUCCUCAAGUUCAUCGCCAUGAACUGCCGCGACAUCACCCAGUACCUGACGGCCGGUGUACAGGAGCUCGGUAUAGGGUCGUACGUCAAGGACGUGACCCCCGAGCGGCCGUUCGGCCCGAUCGCGACGGCGACCAUGCAGACCGCGGUGUUUGACGUCGUGCAUAUGUUCUCAGAGUUGGGAAUCAGCGCAGUGCCCAUCGUUGACGACGAGGGCAAGGUAUUGAACCUGUACGAGACGGUCGACGUUAUUACUCUUGUCCGUCUCGGCGCGUACCAGUCUCUUGACUUCACCAUUGCCCAGGCUCUCAAACAGCGCUCCCACGAUUUCCCUGGCGUGGUAACUUGUCACCCAAAUGACUCGCUUGGAGCCAUCUUCUCACUGAUCAAGAUCCGCCGCGUCCACCGCCUAGUCGUGGUGGCGGGCGCCAACGAUCCCCAACCCGGGAAGCUGGUGGGCGUCAUCAGCUUGAGCGAUAUUAUGCGUCACCUCAUUAACGAGACUGGUCCUAUCCGAGAGCGCAUGCCACCACACGAGGAGGGCGACGAGUCGGCCAUCGCUGGAGUCAAUUGA